CGUAAUCAUAAUAAUGAAGAUUCUUUCGAAGAAUUUUCAGAAGAAGAAUUGAAUGAUGAAUAUUCUGAAGGAGAGGAAUUGUCUGAGUCAGAAGAGAAACAAAAGAAUAUUUCAAAAAGUAAAGAAAGAAGUUCUGUUUGGAAUUACUUUGAAAAGUUUGUAGAUGAUGAUAAUUUAACAUAA